UAAGCGCUACCCCCUGUGUUGUGGCGGGUUCAAUGCAAGUGCAAGUUGUUGUUGUUGUGUCUGAGGACUUUAUACAAGUUAAUUUCUCUCCAGCUUAAGAUCCCCGAUCAAAGGUGGGAUUGCUUAUAAUGACCGGGGGGGGGGGGGGCUUCUUUCUUUCCGUGUAGCUCCAGCCAGCAGAGGUUGACGUACGAGAUGCUCAGUAACCUGGCCCUCGUGCUGAUCGACGGCACUGUUUUCGAGAUCGUGCAGGGUUUACUGGAGAUCCAGCACCUGACCGAGAAAAACCUCUACAACCAGCGUCUUAAGCUGCACAGUGAGCACAGAGCCCUCAAACAGGAGUUGCUCAGAAAACACAAGGAGUCACUGCAGGGCUGCAAGUCCCACAACUUAGCGGUGCUCAGAGCAGCACAACAAAGGGAGCUUGAGGCCUUGGAGCAGAGAGUUAAGCAUGAGCAAAAGAUGAUGGAUGAGAAAAUUGUCUUGGAGCUCGACCAGAAGGUGAUUGACCAGCAGAAUACCCUGGAGAAGGCUGGAGUCCCCGGGUUUUACAUCACCACAAACCCCAAGGAGCUGACAUUACAGAUGAAUUUAUUGGACCUGAUCUUAAAGAUGCAGCAGAGAUCCGCUCAGUCUGGGAAUCGCUGAGGCUGCCACCGAGUGUUUGAGAAUGAGGAGAAGUGAACUCCACCUCAGAUGGACUGACUUGUUGUUAAAUGCCUUGCUCAGCAGCCUAAGCCACUCGAGUGGUGAGGCGUUGCACAGACAGCCUGCAGCAGGUUAAGGAUAAAAACACCUUCAACAUAAGACUCGCUUAAUGUUCCGUCUGCUUUUACAUUCGCACCCACAUUACGUGCACUGCUGAAUCAGUUUCAGAUCUGUACUGUACCCUCUCUUGCACAGUUACUUUGAUCUAGCGCCUGUACUUAAUAUCUGUGGUUGGAUUGUUACUGUAACACGGGGGUGGCCCAUCUGCCAGCACGGCCCACAGCAAAUCUCCUGCGUGCGUCUUGUCUACAUCUGGGCUGGUGUGAGCGGUGCCAACAUGGCCCUAAAGUAUUAGUACAUAAAUCCGGAACAGCUCAUGCUUUUCACUGUCACACUGAAAGCCACGCGAUAGUUAAUUUUCUACUUUAUGAGAACUUGAGUAUUUCAGAGACACUCACGUGAGGAGCUACAUAAACAUGUGGAGUCUCGAUUUGCCUUCGCUGUGUUCCGAAAGCAGUAUUCCCAACCUAUAGAAAUGAUGUGAUAUCACACCAUCUCUCAAGUGUUACUGUGAGUUUCAAUGUAUAUUGAGUGAAUGCAAAAUAAAACAAACAGUUGUACUUGUAAAUUGUGGGAUUUAAGGAUGGGAGGAAAGGUUUGUUGCUGUCUUCUUUGCUUACGUUAUUCAAUUAUUAAAUCCCAAAUGUUCUUUCCAUUCUUUAAAAUGGCUUUAGUAGUUAUUACCUCGAUUUCAGAAAAUAUAUUAACUUAGCGUUGAUCAAUGCAAAUUUUCAGUAUUGGCACCAUCGCACCUUCCGCGCACUCGAAUAAAGCUUUUCCGUGAAAAAUA